CGCUGACCGACCGUGCUGACCUUUGGCGGAAUCCGAAGAAACGAGGUGCACGGACGACUGUAGAUCGCGAUUGGCGCUGCGCAAUGGAGCAGUACUCGGCAGAGGACAGCGACGAUGAGGUCUGGCACGACACAGCAGACCAAGUCGCAGCCGAGCAAGUCGAGUCGCAGAAGUCCGACUUGCCUGCACCAGACUCUGCUGCAGGCGUGAAACGCUAUGCAACAGUGAGCACAGCAGGAGGAACACGAGUAGCGAGGAGGGAAGCGAGCAGGUUCGGCACAGCCUGGGCGGUCUCACCGGGCGGCUCACAGCGGGUCAAGGAGGCAGCGGGCGUUGAUCUCACCAAGACUUCCAUAGCAAGCGUAGACUCGAGCGCUGAUCCAAUUUCGUCGUCCGUCAGCUCUUUGCCAGGCUCGGUGGACAUGCGACCGACUACAUCCUCGCUCGCGCGCCUGCAUGGGCUGGGAUUGCUGCAGUCCAUCGUCCCCCCGCCGCUCUAUUCGCCAGAUCGCCCAAGGAUAGACUAUGAUGCGCUGUCUCCGAUAGGCUCGGCCAUGAACGAUCAUCCGGUACUCGAACAGGCCAUCAAGGAGCCGGAUGCUCGCGGCCGCUUGGGAGUCGACGGACUUGCAGCUGGCGAUAGUCAGCCUCUCAGUACUGCUGCGGACCUUCAGCGGCAUACCAGCUCUCCCGCCAGGGUACAGAGCGCACGCUUCAUGGGUCACAGACACACCCACAGUGCUGCGCCAAACAUGAUGCAGGCGCAAAUGCACGAUGGCGAUACAGAGGUUGCGUACAGAGAACGGAGUGUCACGUCGACAGCGACGUCGCAGCGUUCCGAUCAAACUCUUAUAUGGUCACCAAACGUCGUUCGCGCACAGACGACCGGUCACUCACGUAGUCAAUCCAACGCUAAUGCCUCUCAUGCGCUCAUGAGCGUCUCUGGCUGGCCCGAUGAAGCUGACGACUCGCUUUCUGCUCUCGAUCGAUCGACUCUGAGGCGACAUCAGAGCUUGACGACCGCCAGACCACGCGACCGCCGCUUCGUUGGUCGGACAAGCUCUCCAUUGGCAUCACCCGCGUUAGAAGGCACCGAACCCGACAGGAGAACGAGACGCCUAUCUUUCAAUCAAGAUGACGAUAUCUUGGCAUCCUUCCGUGGCCAAGCACCUUCCUCCACUCGUCUCAGCCCCAACAUCGGCACCAACGGGUUUCAUAGUCCCACUAUUCGCUCACCUCUCGAGCGUGCCGGCAGCUUCAAAAGUCCAUGGUCCCCGACUGCAGAGGAAGCGGUGCGGCUAGGCGCGCAGAGAGCAUACGGCACCUCUUCUCCUGGCCACAGCCCGAUCAGCAGUCCGGUCGCGCCUGGCACGUGGGACAGUAUGCCCCGGGCAGCGCAUGUCAGCACAGAGCUCCAGGACGUUCAAGCAAAGAUCAGAGAUUGGACGCUUGAAGCCGAGUCACCCGCUCAAACGCGUGUCCACCCAUCCUCCGGCUUACUGGACGUUCCUGCAAUAAUCUCUCGCAGUCGACAGCCACCUCGGAGUCCUUUAGCUCAAGCUUCCGUUCAGGACGAGGAUGACAUACCAUCAUUGCAGCCGGUGCAGCAGCCAGAGCGCAGAUCAACGCCUCUGCUGGCCCCGCUCGACACGACCGCAAGCGUUCUUGGCCAGUCCGAACCUCGCAAGACAGUCGGCCCAUACUCUGCCGCUGCAUCUGUACCACCAAUCGGCCACCGUCAAAGCAGUCUCCAGUCUUCACUGCCAGAGCACACAGAGCCUAGCCAACUCAAACGAGGCGGCUUCACUGCAGCGCCCGGGGUAGGACAGAACGCAUGGUUGCGCGAACGACAGCGGGUCGUAUCUCGCGACUCAGAGCAAGGAUCGCUGUACAUGGAUGGUAACAACAGCGCCACUCGACGAAACAGCGGAUAUGCUUCCGGCAUGCCUGCAGACUGGCAGCCAUCGCAUUCACCCUAUGAGCAGUGGGCCGAGCAGACUAUGCAGCCUCAGCCGCGUCCAAUGCUGCCUAUGCAGUCCAUCAACGGCCAUACUCACGAGCGACACCCUUCGAAGAAUGACUUUGCCGCCGCGUCUCAUCUGGUUCAUCCGGGCGAAACACAGCUUUCUGGGGUCAGCUUCGCAUCCGAGAUUGCUGCGCUCAUAGCUAGCAAGAACUACAACCCAAUGAGCUUUGACACCAAGCCUCAACGAGCUCGCUUCUUCGUGAUCAAGUCGUACACCGAGGAAGACGUUUACAAAUCACUCAAGCACGAGAUAUGGUCCUCGACCGAGCUCGGCAAUCAGCGGCUCGAUCGCGCUUAUCGCGAAGCCUGUGCCGACGGGCCUGUCUACCUCUUCUAUUCCGUCAACGGCAGUGGCCAUUUCUGUGGCGUCGCCGAGAUGCUGACACGUGUUGAUCCGACGGUUUCUUCGUCUGUUUGGGCACAGGACAAGUGGAAGGGUCUCAUGCGCGUGAGAUGGAUCUAUGUGCGCGACAUCCCCAAUUCGGCGCUCCGGCACAUCAAGCUCACUAAUACUGCCGAGCAAAAGGCAGUCACAUCCUCAAGGGACACACAAGAAGUUCCCUUUGCGCAGGGCCUCGAGAUGCUGGACAUGUUUGCAACAUAUCCCAGCCGAACGAGCCUUCUUCAAGACUACAGCUAUUACGAAAUGCACCAACUGCAGCGAGGUCUCGUCACUUCGGCUCAAACAGCGCCCCGGCGAGCGGUUCCGCAGCAAGCUCAAUACUAUCCUACACCUCCCCCAGCGCGGUAUCAGCCUCCGACGACGGCCUAUAUCCCGGUGGCAUCUCAUUACCCACAGCAACACCAGCGACACCCGCAAAAUACAGGGUUCGUCGUCCAGCGCAACCGCCCCGUUGCCGCUGGGGGACGCUACCCAGGCGCUUAGAUUUACGAUGCGUGACGGUAAAAACGAUGUACUCUGUAUGCAAUCUUGCUUGUCAUGAAAAAAGUGCGGAUCUGUCCGUCGCGUCGUCGUCGACGAUGAGAACCUGAUCUGCUAUGUGCUGUAUCUGUAACGAUACUGCCUCUAGUGAUUGCCCGGCAUCAACUACAGACCAUUUGCCUUGGGCACUUGUCAUGUCGUCUCGUAUCCGUCCAAAGACCUCGCGCACUUUGAGCUGCAUCUCGCGCUUCUCGUAUCGCUCUUGACCGUACCCGCCUCGUUGUUCGGCAUGUUCGGGGCUGAUAUCUAGGAAGAGUACUUGAUCAGGAGCGGGCAGCCCAACAUCGGGAGCUUUGCACCACUGAUAGUCUAAACCCUGCGAAUGAGGAGAUCUGAGAGAGAGACUUCUUUGGCAGUCAAUGGGCGCACCUUGGCCACCGAGAAUGCGAUACCUGAAAAGGCAUAGCGAUCGCAGACAAUGUCG